AUGAUUGGGCGAAUUGGACUAGGGAGAGUAAUCUCGCGCAGUUUGGCAACAGCUGAACCGGCUUCCCAGUCGAAAAUUACUAUCCAACCCGCGAUCGAGGUAAACUUUUUUCUGUGAAUUUAGUAAUUUUUUCUGGCUUUAGAGAUCCCCCACUGACAUUUUAAAUGCGUUGUCGGAAACGGUUGGGCAAGACAGUACUGCUCCGCACUUUGCUUACAUCGAUGACCCAAUCACCGUUCCAUCGACUCAAAAUGCCAAGAAAACUUAUUUCAUGGCAAAGGUAUGAAAAUAAAUGGAAUGUGACUGAUACCUUUUUGUUGCAGGAAUUUGGAAAAAGAGCUGCUCGGGAACUGGCAGCCGAAUGGCCGACUCUCUUUGCAUUUGACCGAGAUCAGCCACGUCUUCCAGCCUUCCGUCCAGAAAAGCUCCCGGACCCGCUUCAAGUGGAUGCCACUGAAAAGAAUCUUGCGACGAUGAUCGAGAGUCGCGAAGUGCUCGAUGCUUGCAUGCUGUACGAGCGAAUGCGUUCGGAGAAUGUGGAAAUUAGCGAAGAGACACAACUCAAAUUAUUCCGUCUCGUCGCGUACUACAAUUCUUCGAAUAUUCCGUUCUCGGAGUGGACCGAAUGGGCGGGAAUGCGUAAUUUUGGAGAAGAAUCUCAAAAUGCGUGGAAAUCGGGCGGAGUAGCUGAUCUACUUUUCGAGACACUUCCGAAAACUGACGAGACUGUUUCUAUCAUGAUCGCAGGAUUGUGCAAGUUUUCGGAUCACGCGAGUUUGGAGAGAGCCCGCGAGCUUUACAAAGAGCACAAAGCAGCUGGAGGAUCGAUUCGAGGAGAAGCGUUCGACGGAUUGAUCCGCGUGUCCAACUACGGCGUUGCCAAGAAAAUCGCCGCUGAGAUGGCUGCGAGCAAGGUCGCUCCUACUAUUUUCACCUUCAACGCUUUUCUCUUUGCGGCUUCCAAAACUGGAAAGUUUGAAGAACGUUUGAAAGCGUUUGCCGAAACUCUGGGAGAAAUGAAAGCUCAAAACGUGGAACCAGCUCUCUCCAGUUACUAUCUAAUUCUCAAAAAUAUAAUUGACAACAAAUUGACGGAAAAAGACAGGGUGGAAACGGACGAACAGAAAACUGCCUACAAGCGGCAAUUGACAGUAGCUGUUUCGUGGCUCAACGAGAUGCAGAACAAGAUCAGUGCGAAAAGGCUUAACCCGGUGACCACUUCAUGCAAUCUUUUCUUCGCCGAAGCGAUGGGCAUCAACUACAGAGCUGCCAACUUGAAGCUUGCUGAGAACCUUCUCUCGAUCUACCAGUCGAAAAACAACGAAGUGCAGAUGCCCACUUUCACCAUCGAAUCCAUGUUCUACAAUCGAUAUCUGCAGUUGGUCAUCGAGCAAACAACUUCUCUGUCGAAGAUUCACGAGCUUUACAAAAGCCACGUUCCCAAACUGGUCGGAGUGAAUAACUCGUUAAGUUCGCUGGUCUUCCGCAAGCUUUCCGCUUCCACCGAUCGUAACUGGGCACUUCUGAGAAGACUGAUCGUCGAUGGAAUCGCCGGAGGACAAAUGAACGGAGCACUUGGAGAAGAGAUGCGCAGACAAUUAAGCAAUGUCCAGUUGCAUGUAAGUGAAGAAAUAACUGGUUUUAUAAUACAACUACUCCCUUUUUAAGACCUUGAAUACUAGCGAAAGAGAGCAGUUCACUGAGCUCGUUCAGAAGCUGGUGUCCGUUUGGAUCGAAUACAGUCAGUUCACACAAGGAAACCUGCAAAGAAUGCAGAGAAAACUGUCGCCCAGUCAGGUAAAUAAUUGGUCAACUUAAAUUCGCCAUCAAAAGCUCGUCUUCCAGAUCUCAGAAUGCGCUCUUCUGUUGACGCGGAUCGGUGAGCAUCAGAAGGCAUACGAACUGCUCGACUUGCUUCUCGACGAGAAUGCGAGUACCGGAGAGGAAGCUACCGUGUUCCCACGAGGAUACGCGAAGCCGUAUGCAAUGGCUGAACUGUUCGAGGAUGCUCUCAGAAGAAAAGACACUUACGGAGCUGCCACGUGUCUCCAGAUUAUGUCUCUGACUGCGAACCGUGCCAAACUCGAACCGCUGGCAAAUCGGAUUCUUGAGAGGUGCAAUGUGAACCCGGAACAGACAAGGAUUCUGCAAGGUUUCGUCCGUCUCCGUCCCCAGUGA